AUGGCCUCAGACUGUUUGCUCCUCACUAAAACCGAAGACUAUCAAGACCAAAACGACAUUACAGUUGGUACAAUCAAGUGCACUGCUCCUAUCCCAUUUGGAGGCGAAGAACAAUGGCUCUAUAUGCCAACCACCAAGAAGUUCGACCUCUCUCGGGGGUCGCAGCAGAAGAUGGUCUUGGAAUGCAACGUGGAUGAUCGCCACACAGGACUUAUGAUCGAUGCCGGAACUUCUGUUCUGAUUGUGGUCGAUAUGCAGAAUUACUUUGUUCAUCCUACAUACCGCGAUCAUGCAGCUGGAAUAGCCGCCAUUCAGCCAACCUUGGAAGUGAUUGAACGAUGCCGCAAAGAGGGCAUCCAGAUUGCUUGGCUCAAUUGGGGUAUCACAGAUGAAGACAUCAAGGCCAUGGCGCCCGCUAUCCAACGAGGGUUCAGCAAGACCUUGGGCUGGCACGUUGGCCUCGGCGUCCAAUUACCGGAAGACCAAGGUAGAUGCCUGUUCAAGCGCACCUGGAAUGCAGAUCUCUACGACCCUUUCAAGGCCGUUGCCCUACCCGGUGACCUCUUCUUCGACAAGAGCCGAAUGAGUGGUCUGUGGUCCACUCAGGAACCUCUCCAUGAGUAUCUUCGGGCCUCUGGCAAGCAAACGCUAUUAUUUGCUGGUGUCAACACGGAUCAGUGCGUAUUCGGCACGGUGUCUGAUGCGUACUCGUACGGCUGGGACUGCGUUCUCCUCAAAGACUGCACUGGAACUAUGACGGGCAGAGGCUCUCAGGAGCUCACCGAGUAUCAAGUCUCUACAAACAUGGGCUUCGUCACUACCAGCCGUGCCUUCUGCGACGCACGCAUCAGCGAGCACUUUGAAGGAUAUUGA